AUGGAAACAGAGAUGGACAAGGAAGGUAACGAACAUGAGCAAAAGAAAAAAAUGCCCUCUCAUGAUGAUCCUUUUUGUAGAGACAAUCCCGGGAAAGACCUGCAGGCGCUGUUAAAAAGAUACAAAUCGGAAAAGGAGUUCAGCAGAUCGUUCGAUGCGUCCGAACGGGGCGAAACGAAAUACAGCGAAGAGGAGAGGCAUACAGAUUCCCUACUUCAUGGAUACUCAUUUAACAUAAAAAAAAAAAGUCCUGUUCAAAAUGGGAAAAACUAUUUAUGGUUAAAGAUGAAGGACAAGGCGAGACGGCGAUCCGAGUCGGAGUACCACAGGUGUGUUCGCAGAAACGAUUCAAAACUUACUUGCUUCGUGAAAAUGUACAUGGAAUAUUUUUCUGACCUGAAGAGGAGAAGCUACAAAACGAGUUCGUAUGGGAACGGCUCCAGCACUAGGAGCGGUUUUGGCAACCGUCCUAGCACGAUGAGAAGUAACCCCAACUUUACUGCUCCUAUGAAGAAAGGGCGAUCCAAUGAGGGUAAUUUCAAGUUCCAUUGUGAAGAGUCUUUAUCAAUGGGGCAAUUACUUGGGGGAUCAUUUCUGCACAAAGUGGUAGAUUUGUUUGCAAGUCCAUUUCGCUCUCUCCAGGAAAGGACCCCCCCCAACAAUAGCAACCAUAGCAGCUGGAACCAAGUAACCCCUCUCCUGAUCUUCACAAACGGCCCCUCUGAAGAGGCAUUCAUGGAGAAAUUUUACGCAUCCCUUCCCUUCAAAAUGAUUGUAUACUCAACGUUAAUGAUUUUAACCUCGUUGGUUAACUUUUUUAUUUUGCACUACGGUGUGUUCAGUUUUGAGCAUACUUCGGGGAAAGCGGCAAUGUACCUGAACGUGUGUAAGUUACUCUUAGACAUUUUUUAUUUCUCCUUUUUUGUCAUUUAUAUCUUCCUGUUCAGUUCGAAUUGCAUAGAGAGAGUUUCCCUUUAUUCGUACAAUUCGUCUUACGUGUUUGCAUCACUUCGACUUUUAUGUAACCUUGUUCUGUUGCACGUACUUCCUCCAUCUGUGACGAUAAACGGCGGGGACUCUACAGAUGUUCUCGAUUUUAAUACACCCCAAUGUCAGAAGGAGGAGCAGUCAGGUCUAUCCAGCAUCCAUGCCAUAGUGAUUUUCAUGAGUUGUACAUACCUUUGCGUAAUGUGCUGCUUGAAAAAUUACAUCAUCCUUUACCAUUUUGCGUUAAGCUUUAAAUUUUGCCUUUUUUGCAUCCUAUGUGUGUUUACUCUCUGUGUGUACUCCUACGGUUACCUCGAUUUUGCCUACAACGAUGUGGUCGUCUUGUUUUUCUUCUCCCUGUGCGUGCUUCUGCUCUCUCUGUGCUAUGACUAUCGCUUUGAGAGGAGGAGCAGGGCUGCCUUUAUAGGGAAGCACGAAGGUGACGAAAACGCGCAUGAGGGGAAAAACACAAGCGAGGGUGAAAACAUAGAGGAGGCGAAAAAUACAGACGAGGCGAUAAACACAGACGAGGCCAAAAAUACAGAUGAGGAAAAAAUCACAGACGAGGGGGAAAACACGGACUACGAAGAAAAUGCCAACGAGGCAUACCGAAGGAAGAAGCCACGGCACUACAUGACCAAGUACUUCUCCAUCGACAACACCACGCCCACGUCCCCCGUUGAAGACAUUUUGAACAAUCUGAAGUUUUUGCUGGACCAUAUGAAGAAGCUGGAGGAAGACGCCAGCGAAAAAAAAUUAUCAGAAAUAGGAAAAAUGAAAGAAAAAAUAAAAACGUGUCAAAGUAUCUUGAGGACGCAAAAUUUAAAUGAAGUCCAAAUAUGCAAAUAUCGAAAAUUUGAGAGAGUUUACAACAUGUGGUGUGUGGAUAAAAUCGAAAAUAAUUAUUGCGAAAAAAAUGAUGAAUGUAAAUCGUACUUAUCUCAAAGUCUUAACAAAAAAUCUUUUAAUUCAUUUCCAAACAUUCACUCCUUGUUAUCGUCCAAAUUUCAAGAACACCGCAACUAUUCCUUCGAAUGGAAGGCCGACAUUGAGCACUUGUACAAGCGCAAUGUAUUCGUUUCCAUUGGAUAUAAGCUGCUGUAUCCGCUCGGUGUCUUGGAGGCCAGCUUCGACAAGGAGAAGCUGAAGAACUUCCUGCUGAAGAUGUACUCUCUGUACAAUGAGGUGCCCUAUCACAACAGCUUGCACGCCGCGCAGGUCGCGCACUUCAGCAAGAGCAUGCUGUUCCUCCUGGACAUCAACCACAAGAUACCAGCCAUCGACGAAUUCUGCUUGCACGUUUCCUCCCUGUGCCACGACGUGGGCCACCCGGGGCUGAACAACUACUUUUUAAUAAACUCGGAAAAUAAUUUAGCGCUAACAUACAAUGACAACAGUGUGCUCGAAAACUAUCACUGCUCCCUCGUUUUCAAAACAUUGAAGGAAAAAAAUUGUAAUAUUUUCGAAAAUUAUCCAUACAACAUUUUUACCACUUGCAAAAAAAAUAUCAUUAGGGCUAUCCUCUCAACAGACAUGAAAAACCAUUUCGAGUACAUCUCCAACUUUCGCACAUCCAAAGAAUUUAUCGAUUUAGACAUUUUAACAAUUGAACAGAUAUGGCAAAUUUUCUCCCUCAUUUUGAAGGCAGCAGAUAUUGGGCAUGCAACUCUCGAUUGGAACAAACAUUACGAAUGGACAAUAAAAAUUAAUGAGGAGUUCUACCUACAGGGCUUGCUAGAAAAAUCGUUAAAUAUGCCCAACAGCUUCUUGUGUGAUAUAAAUUCUACUGAUAAAUUAGCCACCUCGCAGAUUGGCUUCCUGAAACAUUUGUGCAUUCCUCUCUUCAGUGAGUUGAAUUCCAUCUCGAGAAAUGAUGAAGUUUACAAUCACUGCAUUUGCUCCAUUGAGAAUAAUAUAGAACAGUGGGAGAAGAACAAAAAUAAUCAGAAGAGUCUGGGGCUACACGAGAAGUACAGAGAUGAAAAUUUAAUUGGCAGAAUUAAGCUGCUAAAAUUUGUCUGA